AUUAGAGCUCAAGCGUUUCAAAGAAGAUUAUUCAAAACCUUGGCCGAUGAAAGUGACUGUCAAUACGCAAUACGGGGAACUACUUCUUCACUCUGAAGCCCCAUGGUUAAGUAGGGGACGAGUGCUGAAACGUUUUAAAGAUAUCAUAUCUGCCAUAGUUCAAUUUUUCAAACAACGUGAUGAACCGAUUUCGGAACUGGGAAGUGCAAGGCUGACAGAACAGCAUUUUCCGGAAUUGGUUCCAAGAAAAGAGGGAAAAAAAACUGCCACUAGGAGAUGCAGAGUCUGCUCCCAGACGAAAGCAGGAACAAAGAAAAGGAAAGAGAGCAGCUACAUGUGUAGAGAAUGCGACAUUGUCUUGCAUAGAAGCAAGGCAAACCAGAACGCUUGUGUACAUUUUAUUUUUUCUAAAGCAGUCUACAAGCUAUCAGACUUAGGAUCGCUCGAGGCCAUCUAG